CAUGAAAUUGGAAUAAAUGAAAAAUACAAGGACAGGAUAACCAAAACUAAAAGAAGAAAAAAAAAAGCAAUCUAACAAUCUUCACCGCUCCGCCGUUCGAUCGAUCUGUAUAAAAAUUCCAACGGCCCAGAACUCGGGUCCACAAUUACCUGGCAAUACAUCACCCUCACACCAGCUCUCCUCUCUUCUCCUUCCUCCUCAGUCCUCCCCCACGCCACGCCAGUCUUCCUCCUCUCCUCUUUUCUCUCUCUCUCUCACGCCGCCACUGUGAGGAAGUAGCAGUCGCUGAAAUUAAUAAAAAUCCCGAAAUUUCUUUUUUGUCAAAACAGAGGAGCCCUUUUCAUUAUUAAUCAUUUCUCUCCCUGCAAAGCUAUAGCUCGCAGCGCAGCUCGCGCUGAGAUUCCGUCUCCAUCACCCACAGCUCAUUCCCCACCAGAGGAGAGAGAGAGAGAGAGGGAGAGAGAGAGGAAGAGGCUCCUUUUCUCUUCUCCUCGCUCGGCGGCAGUCAAACAAGUAGUUGUUUCGCUCCAUUUUCCGAUGACUGGAGGGAGCUUCAAUUUCUGAUUGGGAUUUCGGUUAUGUGAUAUAUGGCGGAGGAGCAGGAGGAGACCGGCGGCAGUGGUGUCGCCUCCCGGACCUUCCGCGCUCUGGUGGAGAGCGCGGACAGGAAGUUCGCGCGGGUGCGGGACCUCCCGGCAUACGGGCGGGGUCACGCCCACUAUUUUCAGAAGGUAUUCAAGGCGUAUAUGAGGCUGUGGAAGUACCAGCAGGAGAACCGGUCCGACCUGGUCGCCGCUGGUCUGAACCGGUGGGAAAUCGGCGAGAUCGCUAGCCGGAUCGGCCAGCUCUACUUCAACCAGUACAUGAGGACCAGCGAGGCCAGGUUCUUGGUCGAGGCGUAUGUCUUCUACGAGGCGAUUCUGCGCCGGAGGUACUUCGACGGGGCCAACGCCAAGGAUCUCGGGGUGAGAUUCAAGGAGCUCAGGUUUUAUGCACGGUUUCUGCUGGUUUCUUUGAUCUUGAACCGUCAUGAGAUGGUUCAAUUGCUGGUUGAGAGGUUCAGAGCCGUCGUCGAUGAUAGCAAGUCCAAGUUUCGGCAGGAGGCAAGCUUUAAAGAGUGGAAGCUUGUAGUACAAGAAAUUGUCCGCUUUAUGGAAAUUGAGACUGCUUAUAAGAGUUCAAGGCCUGUACGUUACUGUGCGCUGUUUGAUUCACAUCCAGCUUCUCGGCCUUAUGUGGCUCGUUUCCAUGCAAAGAAGGUUCUGAAGUUCAAAAAUGCAAUCCUAACGAGCUACCAUCGGAAUGAGGUCAAAUUUGCUGAGCUUACUCUGGACACACACAGGAUGCUGCAAUUUUUGGAAUGGGAAUCAAGCGGAUCUUUCUAUCAAAAACAAACUGUUGAAUCAGUCUAUCCAAACUUUCCUGUUGCGCCACAAGAAAAUGGCUCUGCAGUGGAUCAUUCUGAAGCUUCUGGCCUGAUAGAUAUAAACCUGGCCGCUGAUUUGAUUGAUCCGACUCUGCCACCAAACCCUAGGAAAGCUGUCCUUUAUCGUCCUUCUGUUACACAGCUGUUAGCGGUGAUGGCAACAAUCUGUGAGGAGCUGCCUCCUGAAAGCGUUAUGCUCAUUUAUCUUUCAGCUUCAGGGAAGAGUAGUCAAGGUACUGUUUCGCGCAUGGAUGGCCCUGAUGGAUCAAGGAGAUCCUCAAAAGGAAAAGCUGUUUCUGGCAGUCUUAGGGAACAAAAUAACUCGAGAGCUGAAAAUCUAAGCAAUGGAAAGGCAGAGGCCAGUGACUACUAUAGUGAUUACCUUUGGUUGGGUCCUAGGAGCAAUGGUGGAACUAAUAUCCUUCACCCGGGUGAUAUAAUUCCUUUCACUAGAAAGCCUCUUUUUCUGAUCAUUGAUAGUGACAACAGCCAUGCAUUCAAGGCAGUUGGGCUAGCUCGACCUGUGUUACAUGGUGCAGAAAGGGGAGAACCCGUUGCCUUACUGCUUUCACCCUUGAGGCCGUCAUUUAAGAAUGCAUCCUUUGUCAACAGUGCAAUUCACAGUGGAAGUCAGUUUACCUUUUUCUUGACUUCCCCACUGCAAGCAUUCUGCCAAAUGGUUGACCACAACACUUCUGAUGUCGAUACAGAUGAUUACAACAAUGCCGAGGAAACACUUGCCACUGCAUUUUCUCAGUGGGAGGUGAUUCUUUGUACUUCAAGGAACCUCGACCUUGUCUGGGCACAAGUCAUGCUUGAUCCAUUUUUGCGCCGCCUUAUCCUAAGAUUCAUAUUCUGCCGAUCUGUGCUCUUGUUCUUCAGCCCUCCAGGCCACAUCGAAGAAUGUGCCCCUGCCUGUGUACCACAACUUCCAGUUUCUGUCUCUGCGGGGUCUGAAGUAGUGAGGUCUGCAGUCCUCCGACUAGCAAACCAGCUUAAUGUUGCCGGCAGUUUCCACUUCAAUAACACCUGUUAGUAAGGAAAAUGAGUUCGAUGUGUUCAGCGUUAGAAGAGAAGGAUACAUAAGCUGCGAUUAAAGUAGAAACUUUUGACAUGGGUUUGCUUCUGUAAAGCAUGCACGCCAGGUUGGUUGGCAUUUCUAUAUAUCGAAAGAGACUGGCAUAGCAUACUGCCUGCUAUUGUUUGUGACGGAACUUGGGCGUGAUAGAUUGCCUAAAAUACAGGAGGUUUAUGUAUAUCCCAAGAUAUGAUAGCUGAUUGUAAUUGCUUAGGGUAUAAAUUCACUUGCUUCUCUUUUCUUUUUUUCUUUCAUUGUUACGGUAGUUCUAAAUUCUUUCUAUGACUUCAUAGCGGGAACUAGUAGCAAAUGUGGACGUAUUUUGUUGUUUGUCUUCCUUUGUUUUAUGAUGAGCAUCGGUUUCAUGUGUUACUGAGAAGAUGUGAAGGGUGUAAAUGAAUACUGGAGGAGUUUUGUGGAGAACUGGAGAAUACUGUCUCUAGCACCGAGUCAAGUGUUUUGGUUUGUGUACCAUUCUUCAAUACAGGUUCAUCGGUUCGAACCUUCCCAUUUGUCAUGCACAAUUUUAACCACUAAUAAAAGGACUGUUUGGAUGGG